GACGUAUAAUCUAGUGGACGGGACGCUCCUUCAACAACAACAGCUAGUUAGACACCUCGGUAGCGUUCUAGCAAACAUAGCUACAACAUUCACGCGCUUUACACUGUUUUUGGUGUAUAUUAGUCGCUGUGUAUUAAACACACUUCUGUCGUAUGUACUUGUUGGCCCAUUUAAUUAUAUAUUUACGUUAUUUGUCAGCUAGCUUGUUUGCUAAGUUAGCUUAGAACUAGGCUAUUCGCUAAUGCUAACUAGCUAACAUCCCCGAUCAUGAGUUCACUAAGCUACUCUCCUGAUAAAGAAGAGGUCUGCUGGAUGGAGAAAGAAGCUUUCGUCAAAGAGGAGGAGGCUGUUACAAUACAAAUAUAAGUAGAGAGUGAGGCUGUUACUGUGAAAGAAGAAGAGGAAGACGUUUCAGUGAAAGAAGAGGAAGACGCGUUCAGAGUGAAAGAGGAAGAAGUAAAAGACGAAGAGAAAGAGGAGGAUGCCGUUUUUGGAGUGAAGGAGGAGGAGGGGGAGAUUACUGUCACAUUGGAGGAAGAAGAGGAGGUUGGAGAUCUGUUUAACACCAGCUUCUUUUUCUUCUUUGGACUUUAUAUGGCGGUUGGAAACCAACUUUAAGGUGCAUUACCAGCAUCAACUGGACUGGAGUGUGGACCUCAGUUCAUUUUUCAAUCACCCAUGUGGGUAUAUACCAAGACAGUCAUGAAGAGGGCACAACAAAACCUUUUCCCCCUCAGGAGACUGAAAAGAUUUGGCAUGGGUCCCCAGAUCCUCAAAAGGUAAUACAGCUGCACCAUCGAGAGCAUCCUGACCGGUUGCAUCACCGCCUGGUAUGGAAACUGCUCGGAAUUGGACCGUAAGGCGCUACAGAGGGUAGUGAAAACAGCCCAGUACAUCACUGUGGCCAAGCUUCCUGCCAUCCAGGACCUAUAUAAUAGGCGGUGUCAGAGGAAACCCCACAAAAUUGUCAGAGGCUCCAGUCACCCAAGUCAUUGACUGUUUUCUCUGCUACCGCAUGGCAAGCAGUACCGGAUCGCCAAGUCUAGGACCAAAAGCCUCCUCAACAGCUUCUACCCCCAAGCCAUAAGAAUGCUGAAAAAUUCAUAAAAUCGCCACCGGACAAUUUACGUUGACCCCCCCACCCCCCAACAUUUUGUGCACUGCUGCUACUCACUGGUUGUUUGUUACCUAUGCAUAGUCACUACACUCCCCUACCUUCAUGUACAGAUUACCUCAUCUAGCCUGUAACCCCCGCGCACUGACUCAGUACCGGUGCCCCCUGUAUAUAGCCUCCACACUGACUCGGUACCGGUGCCCCCCUGUAUAUAGCCUCCACACUGACUCGGUACCGGUGCCCCCUGUAUAUAACCUCCACACUGACUCGGUACCGGUGCCCCCUGUAUAUAGCCUCCACACUGACUCGGUACCGGUGCCCCCUGUAAAUAGCCUCCACACUGACUCGGUACCGGUGCCCCCUGUAAAUAGCCUCCACACUGACUCGGUACCGGUGCCCCCUGUAAAUAGCCUCCACACUGACUCGGUACCGGUGCCCCCUGUAAAUAGCCUCCACACUGACUCGGUACCGGUGCCCCCUGUAAAUAGCCUCCACACUGACUCGGUACCGGUGCCCCCUGUAUAUAGCCUCCACACUGACUCAGUACCGGUGUCCCCCUGUAUAUAGCCUCCACACUGACUCAGUACCGGUGCCCCCUGUAUAUAACCUCCAUACUGACUCAGUACCGGUGCCCCCUGUAUAUAGCCUCCACACUGACUCAGUACCGGUGCCCCUGUAUAUAACCUCCACACUGACUCAGUACCGGUGCCCCCUGUAUAUAGCCUCCACACUGACUCGGUACCGGUGCCCCCUGUAUAUAACCUCCACACUGACUCAGUACCGGUGCCCCCUGUAUAUAACCUCCACACUGACUCAGUACCGGUGCCCUCUGUAUAUAGCCUCCACACUGACUCGGUACCGGUGCCCCCUGUAUAUAACCUCCACUCUGACUCAGUACCGGUGCCCCCUGUAUAUAGCCUCCACACUGACUCAGUACCGGUGCCCCCUGUAUAUAGCCUCCACACUGACUCAGUACCGGUGCCCCCUGUAUAUAGCCUCCACACUGACUUGGUACCGGUGCCCCCUGUAUAUAGCCUCCACACUGACUCAAUACCGGUGCCCCCUGUAUAUAGCCUCCACACUGACUCAGUACCGGUGCCCCCUGUAUAUAGCCUCCACACUGACUCAGUACCGGUGCCCCCUGUAUAUAGCCUCCACACUGACUCAGUACCGGUGCCCCCUGUAUAUAGCCUCCACACUGACACAGUACCGGUGCCCCCUGUAUAUAGCCUCCACACUGACUCAGUACCGGUGCCCCCUGUAUAUAGCCUCCACACUGACUCGGUACCGGUGCCCCCUGUAUAUAGCCUCCACACUGACUCAGUACUGAUGCCCGCUGUGUAUAACCUCCACACUGACUCAGUACCGGUGCCCCCUGUAUAUAGCCUCCACACAGACUUGGUACCGGUGCCCCCUGUAUAUAGCCUCCACACUGAUUCAGUACCGGUGCCCCCUGUAUAUAGCCUCCACACUGACUUGGUACCGGUGCCCCCUGUAUAUAGCCUCCACACUGACUCAAUACCGGUGCCCCCUGUAUAUAGCCUCCACACUGACUCGGUACCGGUGCCCCCUGUAUAUAGCCUCCACACUGACUCAGUACCGGUGCCCCCUGUAUAUAGCCUCCACACUGACACAGUACCGGUGCCCCCUGUAUAUAGCCUCCACACUGACUCAGUACCGGUGCCCCCUGUAUAUAGCCUCCACACUGACUCGGUACCGGUGCCCCCUGUAUAUAGCCUCCACACUGACUCAGUACUGAUGCCCGCUGUGUAUAACCUCCACACUGACUCAGUACCGGUGCCCCCUGUAUAUAGCCUCCACACUGACUCAGUACCGGUGCCCCCUGUAUAUAGCCUCCACACUGACUCAGUACCGGUGCCCCCUGUAUAUAACCUCCACACUGACUCAGUACCGGUGCCCCCUGUAUAUAGCCUCCACACUGACUCAGUACCGGUGCCCCCUGUAUAUAGCCUCCACACUGACUCAGUACCGGUGCCCCCUGUAUAUAACCUCCACACUGACUCAGUACCGGUGCCCCCUGUAUAUAGCCUCCACACUGACUCGGUACCGGUGCCCCCUGUAUAUAGCCUCCACACUGACUCAGUACCGGUGCCCCCUGUAUAUAGCCUCCACACUGACUCGGUACCGGUGCCCUCUAUAUAUAGCAUCCACACUGACUCAGUACCGGUGCCCCCUGUAUAUAGCCUCCACACUGACUUGGUACCGGUGCCCCCUGUAUAUAGCCUCCACACUGAUUCAAACUGCACUGUUGGUUAA